GAAAAUGGCUGGGCGAGGGGGAUGGGACACUUGGAUUUGUCUGAUGCAUUAAAAGUCAUGGAAAAAGAAAAAACUUUUCAUAUUGCUACUAUAAAAUGGCUUAUUGUGCUUAUUCAUGUGCUUAUUCCAGACUGCUUGUCAAAUAUUUACUUGCAAGAAGUAGAAAUUUACUCUGACCACUGGAUGAAGAAGACAUUAAAUAAGUACUGGUCAAUAAACAGAAAUGUAUUUUAUUUCAUACUAUUACAAUUUUAUUUUUAUACUAUAAAAAUAAAAUAUAAACAUGCAGCCUCUGACAUGCAGCAUAGAAUAUGCAAAUUCGAGGCAAAAUUAUUGUUGAAUCGGUUCAUUUAUAGGAUUUGAUAACAAAUAGUAACUAUAAAAGUUUAAACCUUGUCUUCACAUCGCUUUAUUCUGUUUAUAGCCAAUGCUUUUAAAUUUACAUAUUUUAGAAUCAGUUCCUUUCCUGGUAACUGCAUUUUUAAAUAAAAUUAUCGUGAGUAGUGAGCGCUAAGCAGGCCGUUUUACUAUAAACAAAUUUUAGGAAUUGAUAACACCUUUCAUGAAAAAUAUAUCGUUGCACAUUCGGUCACAGUCGGAAAAAUGUUCAUAGUAUGUUGUACCGUCGUUUGCAACUAACAAUGAACAGUCGCUCAUAAAAACGGCAUUCGCGUGAUUAGAAUCUUCAAUGAUUGUCAAGAACAACAACACUUAAAUUGUUGUUUCCCAUGUGUACAAUAAUAAGUAAAAAAAACUUUGUGUGGCUGAACGUGUUGGGCUAGAGACCCGCUGGAAACCUUUACAGGCUUUUUAAUGAGAAUAGAGAAUGUUUUAUCUGCAACUGUUCAUCGUUAGUUGCAACCGACGGUAUUUGACAGCAUAAAAUUGCCUGUGGCUGUGAUAACUGAUAUAAAUAAAAUACAGUCUGGUUAUACUGACUUGAGCGUGUCAUGACAAACCCUUUAUUGGAAAAUUGUGAAGAAACAGUCGAAAAUAGAGGAUCGAAUAUCAUACUUCAUCUAGUAUAGCUACAGUAACAUUGGUACAUAGCGUUGUGAAGACAAGCCUUUUCUUACCUUUCGCUUAAGCAGUCUUUUCCAUGCUUCUCUACGCUUUUCCAGGCGAGGUUCUCUUUCCUCGGCAGUCUCUUCGAGCAAACAUUGUCGUCUUCACUCCUUCUCUUGUCGUUUCCUUGCCGCUCUUCAUGGCUCCAUAUCUUUUCAAUUGGUAUUUGAUGCCGUAAUUGCUUGAUAAAAGUUUUAAUAAAACUAAUUGCUUUUAAAGCUGCCAAAUGUUUUUGCAAAUGUACAAAAAACUGUAGCGCAAAAAGCAAAAUAUUUUCAUGAAGUAUCUGUCAGUUAAAGUCGUCAUUCGUCAUACAACAACAAAUUUAAAUUUGACCAAUCGGUGUUCGCUAUUCAUGACAGUCCGCCAUAUUUUUGAGAUCAGUGAGGAUGACCACCCACGCACAGUGAUCCACGCCCGCGAUAUUUCAUGAACUUCAGACUUCCCUAAUGCUUUCGUUUCCGCGGGUGUAAAUAGCCGGGGGGAAUUAGAACCCUCGCACGGCGGUUCGCGCCGCCGGCCCGGGGAUGAAAGUUGCAUGCCCAUAUAUGGGCAUGCAACAAAAAUGACAGCGCACACACAACGAUUUUGUUAGUUUUAGUCAAAAUGGCUAAGUUAUAAUAAUUUAAGUUAGUUUUAAUGCUGUUUUUAUCGGCUGACUAAAAUCGCAUCGUGUGCGCCAGGGCCGGCCAGGCUUUAUUUAAAACGUUAAGGAGAUUAUUUGUCGAGUCAGCAGGUACAUUUUUUCUGAGCCACAAUGGGCAAUUCAUUGCCACUCAUCACAACAGACGGUUCAAUAUCACUCACCACAACAAGCAGUUUAGCAUCACUCACCACAAUUGGCGGUUCAAUGCUGCGUGCCUCAGUAGGCGAAUCAAUAUUUUGCUCAAAUCGACAACAAAUAUCGAAAUUGAACUCAUUCUACAAACACGAUACAAGAACAAGUUUUCGUAGGUCUCUCACGGACAAAUACACAACACCUGGUAGCAAGUGAAUCAAGUGAUAAGAUUAUUCACCCUUUUAUUUAUACAUUUUGUCGCCUUAAUAUAAUAAAAUACUAUAUUUUAAUUUCAAACGUCUUGCUUCUCAUGUGCCGAAACGUUUAUAGAAACAAUAGAUCAGCUGAUUAUCUAUUGUUUUUAAUGCGUUCGGCCAUGAGAAGCGAUCGGCCUAAAAGGUUUUUAUAGGCUGUUAAUAAGCUCCAGUAAACUAUUAAAGGCACACCGUUGACUCUAGACUUAACAUCAAAACAAUCAUCGCCUUGAUUAAUAUUCCCUCGGACAACAAUUGCCACAAAAUUGCCAUAAUUUGCAGAUUGCUUCAGCGUCAGGUUGUGUAUUUGAAGUAUAUGAAAGAAACACAUGUGCAUCUUCCUGUCACUACUUCCUGUGCGCCCGGCAAGCGUAA